AUGCCCCCGGCUUUGGUCGGACUUUCUGAGGUGCAAAACAUCUUGAACUCCGCACUCUUCAAUGGAGCUGCCGUGGAGGUCACGGCUUUCGAUGCGAAGUUCUGCUUGCAGCGCCUCAUCAGUGGAGACAUCACUUGCUUCCAUGCGGUGCCCACCGUCUACGUCCCUUGGCACGGGCACGUGGGCACUAGUCGCCACAAGCAGUGGGGAGAGGUAGGCAAAGGACUGCGGAAUCCAUCUCUGAGGUACAUGGUCUCUGGCUCUGCAGCCCUUCCUGUGCCCACCAUGAAAUCCUGGGCCGAAAUCUCUGGACAUGUCCUCCUGGAACGGUAUGGCAUGACGGAGAUUGGCAUGGCCUUGAGCAAUCGGAUCGAUGGGACACGUUUCCCCGGGUGUGUCGGAUGGCCAUUGCCUGACGUGGAGGUGAAGCAGGAUCAGGAGCCGCAGCAGAACGGUGAGAAUCGACAUCCGAGAUACGACGAAGCCACCGAGAAGGAGUUCACCAGCGAUGGAUUCUUCAGGACCGGUGACAACGCCAUGAAGGGCGGACCAGCAGAGGACCUGCAGAAGUUGCAGGAGAUCAGGGUGGGCUUAUGCGUCUCCACCCACCGCUGCCGUCUCCGCGAGGACGAUGCGCGGGACGUCGAGGCCUCGACGGGACGGCCUCGCGCGGAGACCCCCGCGGUGGCAGAGCCCGAACUGGUGUCCAUCUAUCGGAUCUUGGGCCGGACGUCUGUGGACAUCAUCAAGAGUGGAGGCUACAAGAUCUCUGGGCUCGAGAUUGAGAGUGUUCUCCUUCAGCACGAGAACAUCCGUGAGUGCGCCGUGGUCGGGAAGCCGGAUGCCACCUGGGGCGAGAAGGUGACCGCCGUGUGCGUGCUGGAGAGCGGCGCGGCGCUCACGAUCAAGGAGCUCAGGGAGUGGGGCAAAGAGCGGAUGGCAUCCUACAAGGUGCCCCAGGAUUUGGAGAUCGUCAGCGAGUUGCCGCGCAAUCAAAUGGGCAAGCUCGAGAAGAAGAAGAUCUUGGAGAGGUACAAGUGA